UUUGUAUACUUGAGCGAAAUCAUGCCAAAGCUACCGAAACACUCCAAAGCUUCGCCGGACUACUAUCAUUGACAACUACACACAUCCACCAUGUUCUCGAGAACAGCAUUGUCGGCCUUCGCCGGACAAGCCCUUCGACCGCGUCGCAACCCAUUGCUCUCGCCACGCUUCGCGCAACUCCAAAAGUCCUUUCUCUCGACCGAAACUCGUCAGGCGAUCGAUAAGGCUGUCGCGUCAGCUCCAGUAGUGUUGUUCAUGAAGGGCACACCAGAGACACCACAGUGCGGCUUCUCACGAGCCAGCAUCCAGAUUCUUGGACUGCAGGGCGUGGACCCGUCGAAGUUCACGGCGUUCAAUGUGCUGGAAGAUGAGGAGUUGAGAGCAGGAAUCAAGGAGUACUCGGAGUGGCCAACGAUACCACAGCUCUACGUGAACAAGGAGUUCGUUGGAGGCACAGAUAUCAUGAUGUCGAUGCAUCAGGAUGGCAGCUUAGCGAAGAUGCUGGAGGAACAGGACGUGCUCGUGCCAGCGGAGGAGAGCGACGGCAGCAGCAGCUCAUAAGAGACACAGACACCAUCAAAUUCUGUACAUUGCUUGUCCUUGGUGCGUGUACCAAGUGCAAAUGUGCUGGCUGUUCCUACCGUUCAUGCACAUGAACGAGCCUGCUUCGGAAGUCGCGCCGAGCCCUGUGAUGCCUUCCAU